GAAAUCUGUCCCCAGGCUCCACAUCGGUACCACAGCCCCCACACUACACCUCCCCCACACUACACGUCCUUCACACUACACCUACCCCACAACUACACCUCUCCACCACCCCCGGACUACACCUCCCCCGUUCCGCUCCCCUCCCACCCCUCUACUGCUCCUCUCUCCCCUCCCUCCCCCUACUCCCCUCUACUGCUCUGCUACUGCUCCUCUCUCCCCUCCCUGCCCCCCUCCCUGCCCCCCUCCUGGCAAGAUGGGCGGGGCUGUGAGUGCGGGCGAGGACAAUGACGAGCUGAUAGACAACCUGAAGGAGGCGCACUACAUCCGCUCAGCGCUGGUGGAGCGGGCCUUCAGGGCCAUCGACCGUGCCGACUACUACCUGGACGAUUACCGUGACAACGCCUACAAGGACCUGGCCUGGCGCCAUGGCAACAUCCACCUAUCGGCACCCUGCAUCUACUCAGAGGUGAUGGAGGCGCUGGACCUCCACCCCGGCCUCUCCUUCCUCAACUUGGGCAGCGGCACAGGCUACCUGAGCACCAUGGUGGGCCUCAUCCUGGGGCCGUUUGGGGUGAACCACGGGGUGGAGCUUCAUGAUGACGUCAUACAGUACGCAUACCAGAAGCUGGAGCAUUUCAUCAAGACCAGCGACAGCUUCGACAAGUUUGAGUUCUGUGAGCCAAGCUUUGUGGCAGGGAACUGUCUGCAGCUGGCCCCAGAGAGGCGGCAGUACGACCGCGUGUACUGUGGGGCCGGGGUGCAGAGGGACCACGAGGACUACAUGAAGAACCUGCUCAAACCUGGAGGGGUGCUGGUGCUGCCCCUGGAGGAGAAGCUGACUAAGAUCAUGCGUACAGGUCCUAGCAGCUGGGAGAGCAGGAAGAUCAUCGCUGUGUCGUUCGCCCCUCUCGUUCUCCCCAAGCCCUCGCCUCGCAGCACCGUGCCUCUGCCUGCGUUAGCGGUGCGCUCGCUACAGGAGCUGGCACGUGUGUGCAUCCGCCACACGCUGCGUGUCACAGCAGGGUGCAUGGCUGGGGGCGGGUCCGGGCAGACGCGCUCCAGAGGUCCCACCUCCUUCGCAGUGGGGCGGGGCCUAGCGGCGGCCGGCCUGCACAAUUACGGGCCUCGCUUCAAACGGAGGCGUGUCCACCGACGCCACUGCAACACACUUGGGCUGGCCAAUAAGCAGGCAGCGGCUGGUACUAGCCCCGCCCCCAGCCCCACCCAUACUGCCACCUCCCUGGACAGCAACCAAGGAGGAGAGGAGGAUAAAGAUGAUGAAGAUGAUGAUGAGGAGGAGAGGGCGAGUAGGAGGGGAGAGCGGGAGGCGGAGAGGAGAGGGAGGGAGGACAGGGAGGGAGCAGGGCAGACGCUGUGUCCAGAGCCAGCAGUCAACGUGCUGAGAGAGAGGAUCCUGGGGCUGCCCCUGCCACAGCCGCUGAAGAUGUACCUCCUCUACUACAGAGAGAAGUGACUCCACUCCUCCAGAUCUCAUCCCUGUCAUCCUCCCAUCUCCCCCUCUUGAGACACGAGGGAGGGGAGCGAGCUGUUGAUCCCUGUGACCUCCCCCCUUCCUCUCUGUCCCUCACCCUGACUCUGCUGGUCCUACAGGAGCUCAGAUCAAGUCUGUUAUUGUUCACAUGGGCCUUCUGGGGUCAAACCAACAUGAUGGUCCAAGAAAAGGAUCCUUUACGUUUUGAAUAACUGUUUUAUUAUUGAGUGACAGUAGGAAAGACAGUCAGUAUUUCUUUGGUGAUUUGCUUGUUUUUGCUGAAGAUUUUUGAAGCGUUGAAUGUUGUGAAGUGCUGAAGUGAUUAGCAGGCCGACUCAUUCUGUCAGAAGGGAGCGUGUGGAGUGAAUAAUACUCAACCAUGACAUGAUGAUAGUAUGAGGUGACAGUAUGAGUGGUAGCCACACCCACGUCCUCUUCAGUGCUUCACACAGACUGGGGACUCCAGUGUUCACUCCUUCAGUGCUUCACACAGACUGGGGACUCUUCAGUGCUUCACACAGACUGGGGACUCUUCAGUGCUUCACACAGACUGGGGACUCCAGUGUUCACUCCUUCUGUCCACAGUUCUAGAAGGUUCAGCUGCUGUUGAGGUGACUGAUGUUCUCCUUCUGAAGCAUGUUGGUCUGUGCUCGUUACUGCUGUCAAUAAAACCAUGAGGACUUC